CACAUUAAACCUCAACUGUGGAAUAUAUGAGACGGACAGGAGGUCUGCGCUCACCCCGGGCACUGCGCGAGAAGAUAGAAUUAUUUGGGGCAAAAUAAUAAGCUCCUGUUCUGUCAACAUCGGUCCUGAGUUAUAGGAGUGGGAAGAGACGGGACCUCUGCGCUGUGAAGCGUCGCUCCUGUACCGUGCAGCAGCGCGCGGAGAGCAGCCACAGACUCAGUGAACGCACCGAAAGGGCAGAAGGGAGAGAGGAAGGUUUAGGAUAUUUUACGCACAGCAGCACCCAGUAGCCACUGUUUGACACGCGGCUACUAACUGGGAGUCUAAGCUCCGUUUAGGACUCAACACAGUCGGAUUUGCACUUGACUAGGUCCACGUACAGCAAUCGAUUGGGAUGGAUUCCUUCAUCAUUGCGGCUCUGGCACUGUGCUCUCUAACGGCAACAGCCUAUGGGGACAAAGGGACCAGCAAAGCCAGGAGUUGUUCGGAUAUCAGGCAGUUUUAUAACGGCAAAGGAUUCCCUGUGGAUGGUGUCCCGAUCGCUGAAAUAUCAGGGGAGCACCUGCGCAUUUGUCCCCAGGGUUACACCUGCUGUACCAGUGACAUGGAGGACAACCUGGCCAUGCUGAGCCGCAGGGAGAUGGAGGGACUACUCAAAGACGCUGGACGAUCCUUACAGACCUCACUCACUGGACAGUACAAGGCCUUUAAUGGUUACUUCCUGGAGUUGCUGAACCGCUCAGCGAGUAUACUACAGGAGACUUACACUACAAAUUGGGGCUCCCUAUACACCCAGAAUUCCCAGUUCUUCUCUGACCUGUACACAGACUUGAGGCACUACUACCGAGGCUCCAACCUCAACCUGGAAGAGGUGCUCAAUGAAUUCUGGGCCAGGCUACUGGAGAAGCUCUUCUACCAGGCCAACAAGCAGUAUUUCAUAGGGGAGGACUACCUGGAGUGUGUGUCUAAGCAGAUAGAAACACUACGACCCUUCGGUGACACACCCCGUGAACUGAAGACAAAGGUCACACGCACAUUUGUAGCAGCUCGUUCCUUUGUUCAGGGACUAGUGAUCAGUGGGGAGGUGGUGCGCAAGGUUUCCCAGGUGGUGCUGAGCCAGGAGUGCAUGCGGGCCAUGAUGAGGAUGACUUACUGUCCCCACUGUCGCAGCAUGGCCUCUGCCAGACCUUGUGCCAACUACUGCAGCAACGUCAUGAAGGGUUGUCUGGCCAACCAAGCUGACCUCAACACUGAAUGGAGGCACCUGGCAGAAACGAUGAUGCAAGUGGCUGACCGCUUUGAUGGCCCAUCUGGUGUGGAUGUUGUGGUCCUCUCCCUCCACACUCACAUAUCAGAAGCCAUGCUCUACAUGAUAGAGAACAUUGAAACCGUCAACACAAAGUUGUUCCAGGCAUGCGGCAGUCUCAAAGAGGGAGGAACCAGCAGCACAGGAGUGGACGACUUCAUGAAGAAGGGGAAGGUUACAGUGGAGGACCCAGUGCGACCCUCUAACAAACUGGAUAAACUGGUGUCUGAUGUAACCAUAAGACUGAGGGACAUGCAGCCAUACUGGAUUUCUCUUCCAAGUCUUCUCUGCAGUGACAGAGUGGCCACCGGUGCAGGGGCUGAGGAUAAGUGUUGGAACGGCAUGAACCGUGCCAGGUACCUUCCUGAGGUGAUGGGUGAUGGCCUAGCAAGCCAGAUCAACAACCCUGAAGUGGAAAUUGACAUCACCAAGCCAGACAUGACAAUACGCCAACAGAUCAUGCAGCUGAAGAUCAUGACACACCGUCUGAAGAAUGCUCUCAAUGGCAAUGACGUGGACUUUCAGGAUACCAGUGAUGAUGUCAGUGGUUCAGGAAGUGGCAUGUGCACUGACGAUAUCUGUUCCCGGAGCCAACGCCCUAUUGUCCCCGUCACUGAACGACCCAAUCUUUAUCCUCCAGAACAGGAGAAGGUGAUGAAAGCAUCAGCCAACCAGAACCUCCCCUGCAUCACCAUUUACCUGCUUUCACUGCUCAAUCUGCUGCUCCGGCGAUAAUUGACGGUGGAAUCUAUAAACCGGGACUGAGUUUGGGACACAGGGGUUAGGGAGAGUCUGAAAAGGGAGGGGGGAGAAGUUGGGGGUUAGUUACUUUGCCAAAACUAAAUAAUUAUAAGGAAACAACAACAAAAAAAUCACAUGGAUGGACUUGGAUUAGAACAAAAUGGAAUUACGAGUAUACAUAAAUAUUUUGGUUCUGCUCUUGUCUUUUAUUUCUUGCUAUAUUAUUACACCAUUAGAGCUGGUCUUUUUGCAUCUUCUAAUGUUUUGUUUCUGGUGUUUGGGUUCUUUGAGAUUAUACCUGUACCUAAGACGAGUAAUACUAUUGCAGUAUGUUGGUGUUGACACCAUGGGAAGAGGGAGAAUGGGGCUUGCAGUGGCGUUCAGAUACACUCACAUUAUUACACAGCACUUAGUUAUUCAGUAGAAUGAUUUAUUUAUUAAUACCUGGCAACAGACCCCAGGGUGGUUUACCACUCCCUAAUAUUUAUAGAAGAAAUACACAAACCACAAAUUUAAAUGAAAUAAAGUAUUGAUGACUAUAUUAUGGAUUAGGAUUAUAAUCUAGACAGCACAGCCCACCAGACCUCUUGAUGCAUUAAGCCUCAUAAUAUCAUUACACUUACACAUACUGUCUACCAGCGAGGAUGAGAGCACCCUGCGUCAGCACUUUUUGCCAUUUCAUCAUGUAAACUGUAAUAAUAGCCGUGAUCACAUUCACACUGACAUGAUCAUCUAAUGUGGCAGUAACGUGACCCGUCCGCCACUCCAUCCAUCCACUCAUCCCUACACCCCCACCCCCUCCCUCCUCCCUGCUGAGGCAUCUCUCCCUCUCUCUCCAGACCCUGUAGGAUCAACUCAAGAGUCUGGUGUAAGCAAAACAUAUGCUAGGCUGGGUCAGGUCUCAGAUGACAGUAUCUUCCCACUAUAGAGCACUGUAUGUGGAACAGGGGUGUCGGUUUAAGACUGCCCUCACAGCAAAGGAUUGACACUUCAUGAUUUUGGAGGAUGUGUAGUAGAGCAGAAAUGUACACAGAGACAGAAACACUGCUGUCAUGUAGCUUUUUUUCAGUAUUCCUUUUAUGUGCGCAGCAGAGCAGAAAUAUAAUAAGCAUUAAUUUGUGUGAUCCCUGCAAAGGCCCAGUGUUCCUGUGAUUAGCAUCAUAAUUGCAGCCAACAAUGUCAUAUGUUUUUGUCAAAUUGCAGCAGCGAUCUAUAUCACAGUGAAAGCUGCAUCUUGCACGUAUUUGAAUCGUUCUACUAUUGCUUUGGCAGACACAACAGUGUACAUAUUUUUUGAUUGCUUUUCUGUUUUCCAGGAAAAAAUAGCCAAUUAGGUAUCAAAAUUUUAUAAUGGGAAAAACAUUGUAUGCUAUAACUCUUAUUUCUUUCAUCAUCUGUCUGUUACCUGCCUUCCUUUUUCUGCAACUUCUUUGUAUCAGUGCCUCUUUCCUCCCACCCCCAACUCCAUCUACCCUUUUACCCACUCAUCAGUUAUAAUGAUCUUUAAAGUGUUCCAUGUGCUUUUACAUGAUAGGCAAGGCAAUAUGAUAAUGACACAGUGCUUCGUUAUGUGUCACCCGUACUGGGAAUGUUGUGGGAAUGCAUGUGAUUUUUCUGAUGAGAAGCUUACCGGGAGGAAACAUACGCCACAUGUUAAUUCAAAGAAAUGUUAAAGCUCUCAUUUAAGAACGCUGUGCGCAGGACGAUGGGACAAUAGUUGCACGUAUGUAUGUGUGUGGAUGUACGUACUUGUCUGUGAUCGAUAUAGCAAAAAAAGGAUGGACGAUCGAGCAUGGUUAAUUUUGUUUGGAUAUGCUAUUAAACUAACAGCAAUGGAAGAUUAAUAUAGUUAAGCUUACCACUGUAAUAACUCCAAAUCUGCAUUGAUGGUCUCUGUGCUUGUCAGGAUUGUAUGUGACAGUGAAAUGGAAUGUGGAGGACGCAAAUGGAAACACUUUUUUUCAAGUACAUCAUUGCUUCAGUUGCAUACUGGGGUAAUCCACUAUAAUUCAUUUUAUGAAAAAAAAAAUCUAAAUGUCCCCACACAGUUGAUAAUAAUGCAGAUCUAAUUGAGAUGUAAGGAGUUAAGUCAAACAUCGAGAAGCACAUCUGUUCAAUACUUGGUUAAUUACUGCUCUGAAAAUGGUUGAGGUUGUAAACAUAUGUGUUGCCUGGCAGGUUACUUUGAUAGUAUUUUUUGACAAGCUUUAUUAAUGAAUGCUAUGUAUCUGUGUGUGCGUAUGUGUGUGUGUCUGUCUCUCUAUUAGUCCCUGGUUAAGAAAUCUGCCUUUGACACUUUGUCCAGGGUUGGGGUCAAUUUUGAGGAAAGAUACAUACAAUGUUAUUAGAUGUUCCAUGGGGGAAAAAACUAAAAUUUUUAAACAAAGAGCAAAACAGAAAGAGCACCACAUGGGUCUUCCUUUUGCGGCCCUCGAGAGAAAAUCUGAGUAUGAAUGUGAAAGUGCACAUUAUGCCCUGUAAAGAAUGAGAAAGGACUCCAACUGUGGAUGGUGACAUUCCAAUUCAAAGACAACUUGCGACUUUAGACUCACAUCUUCAGUUUCAAUGAUUGCCUCACAAUGUCAUCGGCUGAAAUUUGCACAGCCCCCUCCCCCCUCCCCCAUAUACACAACCCCCAACCCCACACCCCCUUCUCUCCUCCUUCACCUUUUGAUCUCAUUCAUUUGUUGCCCAAAGUCCCCCCUCCCUUUUAUAAAACCUGCACUUUUAUGAGGCCAAUAAAUGGCAUUGUCUGCACAAAGACAUCACAAGACGGUCGAUCAAUACGCAAGUCAACACCUUCCAGAAACGACUAUUGAUUGGGGAUGUGUGUAUGCAGAUAGAUAUGGCCCAGCAAGUUGUCUCAUGUUCAACUAUGGUGAAACAGUGUAAACACAAAGCCCCUGGGUUUGAGAGGAAGCAGGAGAAAGGUUUGUCCAGUGCACCUCGAUCCCUCAUUCAUUCGGGGGCAAGGUGCAAAGCUCAUCAUCCAACUGUUAAAAGAUAGCUUUAUUCUACGCUGAGUUGAACAUGGAAGGCAUAUCUGAAAGGUGCCAAUUUAUGAGGAAAAAAAAGUAAGUUUCGUUUUCUUUGCUUUUAUUUACUUUGGUUUUAAUGUUAUCAGAAAUCUAUGGAGAGUUUGAGCUUAUGGUGAAGAAAGAUGCCAGAAAGAGGUUGAAAAUACAAAUGUCUCAUUUGCUGUUGUACCUGAAAUCUUGUGUCAAUUAUAUACAUUGUAAGAUUU